CGACGCCCCGCCCCCCGCGCAGGCGCAGAGCCGCCCCGCGUGCACCUUAGCGGACACGCGCGGCCAUGGCGGAGGCUGAGCUGCAGCUUGUGUCUCGGCGCAUCCGCAGCUUCCCGGACUUCCCGAUCCCGGGCGUGCUCUUCAGGGACAUCUCGCCGGUGCUCAAGGACCCCGACGCCUUCCGAGCCUGCAUCAGCCUUCUGGCGGGUCACCUGAGGGAGACCCACGGCCACAGUAUCGACUACAUCGCGGGCCUGGACUCCAGAGGCUUCCUGUUCGGUCCUUCCCUGGCCCAGGAGCUGGGCCUAGGCUGCCUGCUCAUUCGAAAACGGGGGAAGUUGCCAGGUCCCACUAUGUCUGCCUCAUACUCACUGGAAUAUGGGAAGGCUGAACUGGAAAUCCAGAAAGAUGCCCUAGAACCAGGACAGAAAGUGGUCAUUGUGGAUGACCUGCUAGCCACAGGAGGGACUAUGCAUGCUGCCUGUGAACUACUAGGCCAGCUGCAGGCUGAAGUUCUGGAGUGUGUGUGUCUGGUGGAGCUGACCUCGCUGAAGGGCAGGGAGAAGUUGGGGGCUGUGCCUUUCUUCUCCCUUCUGCAGUAUGACUAAUCCUCAUCUUCCUGGAGCAAAGUUUUAUCUUAUGCAACCACCAGUCACCACCGCUUCUGCUGGCCGUUAAGGGAUACUUGUGCCUUUGAACUGUUUUAUACAUUUGUGCCUAUGAGAGCAAGUGACUUUCUAGGCUGGCCCUUCCUGUGGGAGUCACCUGGAGUCCUUCCUUCCUGCAGGCUCUGAAAGUGCAACCCCCACACUGCAGGUUCAGUCACAAAUCAACAAAAUAAAGUAAAUAAACCAC